CAGCAAGUCUCAGGAUGUCUUCCAGUGAUGGCCUGAUUUCUAUCCCAAUAUCAGAAGAACAUUAUGUGACCUCCAGUGAUCUGAAUACAUGUACUGAAGGGCCUGUGUUAAGUUUCCAUAACAUUUACUAUCGAGUACAAGUGAAGUAUGGCUUUCUACUUCGUCGGAAAACAUUUGUGAAAGACAUACUGUCAAAUGUCAGUGGGAUUAUGAGACCUGGCCUCAAUGCCAUUAUGGGGCCCUCUGGUGGAGGCAAAUCUGUGUUGUUAGAUGUGUUAGCUGGAAGAAAAGAUCCACGUGGAUUAUCUGGAGAUGUUUUGAUAGAUGGAGAACCGCCACCUGCUGAUUUCAAAUGUAAUUCAGGUUAUGUGGUAAAAGAUGAUGUUGUGUUGAUCACGCUGACCGUGAGAGAACAUUUACAGUUCUCAGCAGCUCUUCGGCUUCCAAGAAUGUCGAAUGAGGAAAAAAAUAAGCGGAUUGAAAACAUCAUUGAAAAGCUAGGUCUGAAAAAUGUGGCAGAUUCCAAGGUUUUGUCCAAAGGAGAGAGAAAAAGGACCAGUGUGGCAGUGGAGCUGAUCACUGACCCUCGCAUCUUGUUCCUGGAUGAGCCCACUACUGGAUUAGACCCAAGCACAGCACAUGCUGUUAUUUCGCACCUGAAAGAGAUGUCUAGGCAGGGGCGAACAAUCGUCUUCUCCGUUCAUCAGCCUCAGUAUUCCAUCUUCAAGCUGUUUGAUAGCCUCACCUUAUUGUCUGCGGGAAAGGUAGUUUUCCAUGGUCCUGCACAGAAGGCUGUGGAGUACUUUGCAUCAGCAGGUUACCACUGUGAGCCCUACAACAACCCUGCAGACUUCUUUCUGGAUGUGAUAUGUGGAUUGUCCUCUCUUGUAAGACACAUACAGAUAGAAGCCUCGGAAGCCGAAGUGAGAAACUUAGCUGAGCUUUAUGCCAACUCCUCCCAAUACAGAGAAGUAAAUGGUGAAUUAGAUCAACUUUCAAAAGGUCAGAGGCAGAGGAGCUCAGGCUCCAAGGUUUCCUACACCACCUCCUUCUGGCAUCAGCUCAGAUGGAUUAUGAAGCGUUCAUUCAAAAAUUUGCGUCGUCCUCGAGUCGCUGCAAUUCAGCUGUUGUUAAUAAUUGCAGUAGGAAUGAUUUCGAGCUCUAUUUUUCUUGGACUAAAUAAUGAAUGUACUGGAAUCCAGAAUAGAGCCUCAGUGCUCUUCACACUGACAGUCUUUCAGUGUUUCAGCAGCGUGUCAGCUGGGGAGAUCUUCAUGCUUGAGAAGAAGCUGUUCAUACACGAGUAUACCAGUGGAUACUAUGGACUGUCAUCUUAUUUCUUUGGAAAACUAUUUGCUGAGUUAAUCCCUAGGAGGUUUUUGCCAACUGUUAUAUUUACCUUUAUUCUAUAUUUUCUGUUUGGAUUGAAAGCAGGGGCAGAAGCCUUCUUCAUCAUGAUGCUUACUGUUAUCCUGGUGACUUACACAGCCAGUUCCAUGGCACUGGCCAUUGAAAUAGAACCACGUUUGGAGUAUGUGACAACAUUUUCCAUGAACCUCUAUUUUGUGUUUAUGAUGAUUUUUUUGAGUAUGUCGCUGUAUUUUGAAACCAUUGCACCUGUGUUUUCAUGGUUUCAGUACUUAAGUAUUCCACAUUUUGGUUUUACGGCUUUGCAACAUAAUGAGUUUUUGGGGCAAAACUUCUGUCCUGGACUCAAUACAACAGAACACAGUGACUGUCCCAACUAUAUAAUAUGCGCAGGCGAAGAGUUCUUGACAAUCCAGGGCAUUGAUGUCUCACCUUGGGGACUGUGGCAGAAUCUUCUGGGUUUGACUGUAAUGAUGUUUUUCUUCCUCUUUAUUACCUUCCGAAAAUUGUCAGGUCUUAUAAAACAUUCCUAAUUUUCCCUUAAAUGUAUUGUGAAUUAUCAUCAUAUUAAAAAGGAGCUCUUCUAUUUACUUUAAAUCCAAUAA